AUGUCUUUCCUUCAUGGUGUUCUCCAAAGUGUGAAGGAUGAUGAUAACGUUACAAAAUACAAUGAAUACAUUGAUACACCUAAAAUAAAUAAUGUUAUUCGCAUUUUAAAUGAUAAUGUAGGUAAAGGCCGUCAGGCCUUCGUGACUGCCGUGUCUCAGGUGGAGGAGAGGACUGGAGAAGUGAAGGACAAAUUAGGUAAGUUGAUUAUUAAAUUAUCAUCUGGUGCAGGUGAAUAUGUUCAAGAGGUGAAGAACCGUGGAGGCGAGAGCCUGGAGAAGCAACUCAAGAAGUGGAAGACAACGAUCCAAAGGAUCGAGCAAGAAGUCACGGACAUAGAGAAACAACAAAUUAAUGUACUAGAUAACUCACUUAGCACACGUAUAAUGCACGAAUUUUCACCUGUGAAAAAAGUGGUCGACCACUUAGGUGCCGUUGCUAAGAAUACAGCAUUCGGGGACGAUGUGAAGGCUGUAGACACAGAAUUUAAGCAGCAGGAGGAGCAUGUCAUUGAUCAGAUCCGAGGUAAAUGUCAAUCCUUACAACUAACUUUGACGACAAAAUUUGGCCUCAUAGAUGAAGGAAUUCGCGCCAUUGAAAAAACACAGAAAGUUGACUUAGCGUCCCUCAUAGAUUUGGUUGGCCGAUUGGUUAUUUCAGUUGGAAAGGCUGACACUGCAGCGGGAACUUUGGUGAGGGAUUAUCAGACUCAGAUCGUCGAUGAAAUAGGUAAAAUUGAUACGCAGGUUCAGGGGCUUGACACCACUGGAAUUGCGAACGAUCUUUAUAAUGUGUUCACUGAUAUAAAUACUCAUCUAGGUACUCUUGAGAGGCAGUUGGCUGAAAUUAAGAGCAGUCAUGAGGAGGUUCAGAAGACAGUUGGUAGUAAGUUGGUUGGUAUUGAAAGUGAAUUGGAGUCUAAAAUAACUACGCAUAAGGAAGAAAUCAAGAGUAAAAUUAAGGAUUAUAUAAUGCAGUAUAUCGGCCUGAUUAUGAAGUCAGUUGGAGGGAUUAGAGACAAGAUUGGCGAUACAACAACGCGGAGUGGCAUAAAUUAUGAGAGUGCAUAUUACAAUUGGGGAAAGCUUAGGGAGGAGAUUGAAAAACUUGCUGGAGAUAUUAAUGGUGAUGGGAAUGGGAAAACCCCGGCAAAGCCAAAUUAUGAAGGUCUCAAGGGGAUUAAGGAGAAGGUGGCAAAUUAUGCUAAAAAGUUCAAGGACGAAUUUGAGACUAAAAUUCUGGAUGGGUGGAUUGCAAGGAUUCUCGCGAAUGAUGGAGUGGUGAAUGGCAGAAUAGAGAGGUAUGUUAAAAAGGAUAAAGCGCAGCUGAAGGGUGAUUUCGAAGUUGACGAAUUUUCGCGUAAUGCAAUUAAUAAGGCGAUUAAAGAUAAACUUAGAUCCAGUAUUAUCGAAAGAAACGGUGAGCUGUUCAGUGUAACAUCGAAAGACAAUAUCCUUCAGAAUAUCGACACUGUCAUAAAAGGUAUUACUACCUUUGUAAGCGGACUGGAUGCGGAGCUAAAAAGGGAGAGUGGACAAACAGACGCUUUUGCCAAAGUAAUUGCGGAUAAGAUCGAAGCUGAUCCCGAAUGGAAACUCAAACAGUCGCCAUCCCCAUACACACGUUACCUAGCAUCAGCCGUCCGUUACAUCCUCAUGACCCUUGUUAUAACAGCCAGACAGACUGCCAAUGCGCUCCAGUCUUUCACGUCCGCCAAGGAAAAGGGAUAUCCGCAUGAUAUCACAUACCACCUCGGCAUAAACCUGGAGACGGCGAUCGCAAAUGUAGACAAUAUCAAAACAAAAGUGGGUGACGAGGCCGGCAACGGCGUAGCACCAGGCAGUAAAAUUACUAAGGCGCUGAAGGAUGUAGAUCUUCAGAUUAAGUCUCUUGACUCCAGUCUCGGUACGGCAACUAGCUCCAACGAGACUGUCUCCGGAGAGGUUAAGCUCGAAGACAGUGUUACGAAAAGGGUUAAUACUAACGUAGAUGCCGUAACCUUCACCUCACUUAAUCCGCUACUCACGCAAGCAGCGGAGAAAGGUGUCAAAAUGUUAGAUGAGAAAGUCAGUGGGAUUCUUGGUGGGCAACUUGGCAAUGUGAAGGGUAACAUAGAAAAUCAAAUUAAUAGAAUCAAAAGACAACCUAACGGAGAUAUUUACCAAGCCGUCGAAGAUCUUAAAGGGCUAAUUGAAGCCGUCAAAUCAUCCAUCACCGAUAUAAAGGGGAAAGCGGGAAACAAUAUAAGAGGCCAAGUGAAUUCGCUUAAAGUGAACGUUGCCGAUCUCAAGCAGGGCAUCGAAAAUUUUAGUGAACAAAUAAAUCUUUUCGAUAAGGCGCUUCAAAAGGUCAUCGAAGAAGCACAAUCUACCGUAGAUGAUGCCCGCGAGACCCUGCAACGCCAAAUCAAUGAAACGCAAACUGCGCUCACCGAAGCAGCCGAACAAGCCUUCAAAGAGGUGUACACGAAGGCAAAAUCCACGUUCGCCGAAGGUCAUAUGGCCGACUUGGAAGCGCUCCAUAAAUUAGUCACCGACCAAAAAACUCAAAUCCAGCAAAUUAUCGACAAAGACAAAAGGAACGGUGCGAAAGGUUUUUUCGACAAAUUAUUACGUACAGUGCUAGAUCACGAAAAGGAUUUAAUAUCGAAAUCCAAAGUGACUGCAGAAGAACAUAAAUUCGUCAAAGAAAUAAAAGAAUUCCUUCAUGUGUUCUUCACGUCUGUAUAUAUCCAAAAUGAUUUUGUGGAAUUCGAAUCAUCAUUUAAUCCCAUCGUGGAAAGUACGCAUGAUAUGCUUCAACAGCUUGAAGAAUCUAAGCGCUUCGAUCACACUUUUAUCAAAAACCUUGACAAUCUUAAUCUCGCACUGCAUAACUUCGAACCUAAGAAAUUCUCUGAGCCGUGUUCCAUAUUGCUUGAUGCCUUGAAAGAUGGGCUCAAUGCCCUGGCCACACAGCUAGGCUAUGCGUAUGUUAGCAGCUAUGAUGGCGCUCCGCCUAUAGCUAGUUGGGAGUACCGCGACCGUAAAUCUAAGAAAACUCUACCAACUGAGGAAGCCAAAAUGUGCGCCAAGGUUUUUCUAACGUGUCUGCCGACAUGCUUCAAUGAUUUGAGUAAGCUUAGGAAAUACUGUAAACAUAAUGGUGAUUGGACAACGUAUAACAUAAAUUUCAGCAAUGAACUCGGAGGCUUUUUCGAUAAGGCCGGUUACCGUGUUUCGAAGUUCGGUGAUUCCCAUGAAGGGGAAUUAAAAAAUGCCGGCCUUGAAGGUUGGAAUAUUUACGACAAACUUAUUGCCGAUAUUUCUGGCGAGGAUAAUACGAAGUAUUACCUCGUUAACAAUGGAGAGGAGAAUGAGAAUGUGAAGGAAAAUAAUAAAAGUCUGCUUAAACAACUUGUCGACCAUCUCCACAGUUACUACGCUGUCACUCAGCUCCGCCAUAUAGACGGUGCCAAACCACCGUGUAAUAUAUUCCAGAUGUUGUGCUGGGUCACCGGUUUAUGGUAUAGUCCUGUGCGUCGUUCACUCUGUACAUACUUUAACGAGUUGUUUGGCAAGCCGAAAGGCAUGGAGGACAGAUCGUAUAAGGACAUUGAUCCUCGCCUACUUAAACUAGUCGGCACGUCAACCAUUAGGCCACGUGACCUCACGGAAUCACUGCACUCAACAUGUUCCUAUGCCGAAAAUGUAUUAGUUGCUAUACUCGGCACAGGCCACGCUGACGGUAUAUACGCGUGCCAGUUCAGCACCAAUGACCUUAACUUACUCUAUCCAACGAACAUGACAACACUAAUAUGCUUAUUGAUGAAUGUCGUCAAACGCCUCCAUAGCCAACUACACUUUUUAUAUACUAUGUGUUCAUAUGAAACCGAGCUCAGUGGCUGGCGUGACUGCACAUACGGUAGGUACGUCGGUGCUUCCGGCUGGCAGUGUAAUACGUUGACGUAUGCUGAACAAACGUGUGACCAACAGUGUGACCAAAGAGCCAACCAAAACACUAACCAAACAGCUAACCAAAGCUGUAACCAACACCCCAAGUGCGGCAUUAAAUCACCACUGCAAUCGUUUUUGGAGGAUGGUCUUCCUGGUUUCCUGCCACAUAAUGUAACAGCCAACGGCUCUGGUCUUUCAUGUACUAAUUGUCCAAAGACGUCUGGCCAACCGUGUCAAACGCCCAUGGGCUUCGGUGAUAUUAGUAUUACAGCCUCCCGUAGACAUACUGGGCAAUUCAUAUUUGAUGUCAUUGGUGAAUUCUGUGGCGGCGCAUCUUCUCACCUCAGUAAUCUGUGCAACCUACUGAAUGUUCUUUUGCCAGCUGCGCCGAAGACACUUGGAGAGAUGUUUGCAUUUUAUUAUAAUUUUGUUGCUAUAUGGCACGCCAACGGCAGCAGUCACAUGAAUCAUAAAGACACAGCAUUUAACAACGCCGUCGUGCAGGCCAAUUUCGGAAACCCUAACACGGAGUUGAACAUCACUCCAUUGUUUAUGAGCACGGAUCAUGGCACCAUGCAAGAUUUGCCUCACCCCAAUGGGGACCUGUACUCUCUUGUAAAAUGCAAGGGUGCUUCAACGACUACCGCCGUUCACCCCUGCGGUCCAUAUCUCCGGCCUCUUUGUGUAGACAUAUGCAGUAUAUUUUCCGACAAGCACGUCAACAAAUACCUUUCGUGGGUUGUAUAUGUUACUGAAACAUUUUACGAUUUACUCAAAAAAUUAUACGAUGAUUGUUGUAAGACGUGUGGCGGUGACAAGCCGAAAUGCCGUAAGGCUCCUUGUUCACAAAAAUGUAAUGUUGGCAGAAAGCCAACCAACUCCAGUCACAGUGACAGUUGCAUAUCCAUAGUCAAUUGCCAAACAACUAUGCCUACCUUGUGCAGAUAUGGAUUCACUUUCGGGUACUCAUCUGAUCUCGCGGGGAAAUGCACUUGGCGAUUUGACCAAUAUAACGAUUCCGAAUUUCCUCCUAAAAAUCAGAUGGCCAUUUAUGCUAACGUUGUUAGCCCUCUGGUCGCUGUCGCUCCUGUACCUGCUGCACAUCGCCGUCGUCCGCCUCGACGUCCUGAGGAUACGCUCCCACCUGAGAUCACCCUCAAGCCACAGGAUCGCCGCCCAGUCGCUCCUCGCAGCGGCGCGCGUCAACUCACUCGGCAACAUCAAGUACUUCUCACCAUAAUCGUGCCUUCACGUGUGAUCUGUAUAUCACCCAACCACUCACUCACUCAACCACACACUCAACCACACACUCACCCACCCACUCACCCAACCACUCACCCACUCACUCAACCACCCACUCACUCAACCACCCACUCACUCAACCACCCACUCACUCACCUAACCACUCACCUAAUCACUCAACCACUCACCCACUCACAUACUCACCCACUCACUCACCCACUCACUCACUCAACCACCCACCCACUCACCCUCUCACUCACUCAACCACCCACUCACUCAACCACUCACCCACCCACUCAACCACCCACUCACUCAACCACCCACUCACCCACUCAACCACCCACUCACCCACUCAACCACUCACCCACUCACUCACCUAACCACUCAACCACUCACCCACCCACUCAACUACUCACUCACUCACUCAACCACCCACUCAACCACCUAAUCACCCACUCAACCACUCAACCACUCACUCACUCACCCACCUACUCACUCACUCACUCACUCACCCACCCAACCACUCAACCACCCACUCAACCACCUAAUCACCCACUCAACCACUCACCCACUCACUCAACCACUCAACCACUCACCCACCCACAUACUCACUCACUCACCCACUCAACCACUCACCCACUCACCCACUCAACCACUCACUCACCUCCUCCUUCACUGGUCGCUUCGCUCCCUCCCUCACCUUCUCUUCCAUCACCUCCUCCGUCGGCACAGAUAGCCUUGGAUGAUAUCGAUGCCCGCCGUAUCUCUCUUGGUCAGCUUGCUGGACAGCUGUCCGGUUUUAUUGGUGGAAGUGGAGAAAUUCAAAAAGCAUUGUUGAAUGGUUUGCACAGCAAUGUAAAUCAGCUUAUUGGGCUUUUAAAAACGUCUUGCGGAGGGGAGGGGUGUUGUAAUAUUAAGGAUUUCAGUGAUGAACAUCUUAAAAAUCUUCAAGAUACAUUUAAGCAAUAUGAUGAAAUUGUAACAAAAAUUGAUAGCCUUCAAAAGCAAAAGGAUGAAAAAAAUAAGGCGUCCUUAAGGACGCCGUCCGACGGUCAGUCUGAGAUUAAGGAGCUUAAUGCUAAAUUACAGCGUGUUAAAUCAGAAAUUUUCCAAUUAAGUUCCACGCUUCAAAAGGAAAUUACAACUGUAAUUUCCGCUGUUCAAAGGAAAAUUGAUGACCUUCAGAAAAAGAAAAAAGAUGUUGAUAACCUUCAAUCUGAAGUGAAUGAGCUUAAAAAGAAAAUUGAUGCUAAGCCAAAAAAUGUUGAAAGCCUUAAAAAGGAACUUGAAAAACAUGAAAAGGACCUUAAAGAUGCACAAAAUGAUUUCCCUGAAAAAGAUGCAAAAUCCCUUGACUCUCAUCAGAAGUCUAUGAGGUCUCUCAACAGUCUAGAAAGGCUUUGUCAACAUUGUGAUGAUUUUGAAAGUAAUAAAAGUAAAACUCCAAAAGAUAUUUUAGAGAGCCUUUGUGGAGGCCUCGAAAAAUUUCUCGGCUACCAUGAUGGUAAUUACACCGGAGAGGGAAUUGUGUACUCCGACCUUGACAGGCUCUGCGACGGGGUGAUGUCUUUCCUUCAUGGUGUUCUUGAGAGUGUGAAGGAUGAUGAGAGCGUUAAGAAAUAUGAUGGUUACAUUAAAUUAAACAACAAUGAACAUUUACAUACUGUCCUUCAACAUCUCCAAUCUUCAAUUGGCCAGGGACGCAGUGUCUUUGGUGAGCGGGUUGAAGAGGUAAGUGAGUGGCUUAAGAAAUAUUGGAUGCAGGUGAAUGACAAGACUGGAGAGGUGAAGACUAAAUUAGGUGAGUUGAUUAAGAGAUUAUCAUCUGGUGCAGGUAAAUACUACAAGGAAGUCGAGAAGCAAGAAGGGAAGGAGCUGCAAGUGCAGUUGAGGGAGUGGCAAUCCACGAUUGGCAAGAUUCAGUACAAUGUAGACACUAUAGAUAAUCACGUUAGCAACAUAGAUCCUAAUCUUAGAGAUAAAUUACGUAAUGAAAUGAAUGCUAUUGGUGGUGCUGUUAGAACGCUGAAUGAGUGUGCUGAUGAGACGGUGUCUGCUGGCCAGGCAGCACAUGUGGAGGAGCAGUUGAAGAAGCAGAGGAUGAGAAUUGAAAACGCUAUAGAGGCGCAGACCGAAAGGGUAAAGAGCACUGUGACACAUGAAAUAAAUAAAAUUUUUGAGCACCUUGGUAGCUUAGGUGACAAUAAUAGAGCGCACCUCGGGAAAAUUAGAGAAGCCAUUGCAAUGGCGAAAGGAACGGUUGAAAGCGAAUUCGGUGACUAUAGUAACAGUUUUAAAGACAAGGUGAUCGAGUGUUUUAUCGGUAUUAGAAGACAACUUGAUAAUUACAUCAACGAUGCCAACAGCACUACGCUUCAGAAAAGUUUUCAAGCAGUGAAAACCGAGGUCGGCUUGUUAGAAGGCAACGUGCGUAAUGGGUUGCAGGCGUUGAGGGAGAGGAUUAGUGGCCUGGUAGACAAAGUUACCGACCAGGUCGGUGCCUAUGAUAAUAUUGUUGGUAAGCAGCUGGAAGAUCUUGCGCAAGCAAAAAAAUCACUUGAAAAAAUCACAAGUUCUAGAAGCCAAACUAAUUCGGCAGCUGCGGGGAAUCUUGAAGCUUUAUUUAAGAAGGCGAUUGUUGAUAAACUUAGUAGUUUGGUGGAGGCCGUUUACAAUGCAAUUGGAGACCUUUAUGAUAGUGUUACUGGCACAACGGGGGCUGUAAAGCAAACGAAAACAAUAAAACAUAUUAUAAUGCAUAUUAAAGAUAAGGUUGAGGGAAUUGAGGGGAAAACAUAUGGCCUGGAGGAUAUAAAAAAGACAGUGACACAACACGCAGAAGGUUUUAAAGAGAAAAAAUUUGAAAAGAAGGUAGAAGAGUGGGUGGAACAUAUAUUGAAGGAGAAUAAGACGGUUAGCAGUGGGAUUAGUUAUUACGUUAAGGAUAACCAGGCAAGGAAUUAUUAUAAGAAAUCGCUUGGAGCUGCGACCCUUAUACCUAAAGUCGAGCAGGCAAUUAAGAGUGUUAUUAAAACCAAGCUAAGCGGUGAAAUCGAGGGAGCCGGUCGAAUAGUAAAAUAUGGUAUUGCUAAAGCCGAGAAAUCCAACGAAAUUAUUAAAGAAUAUGUUGACGCCGUGAAAAAGGCGUGCGACAGUUUCGCCGAGAAGCUUCGAGAACAGAUUGAGCAAAACGGAAUUACUGCCUCUAACGUAGCCGACGUGAUUAAACAAGAUUCAUCUGUGCUGGAUUCACAUCUCAACGGACGCCAUGACGCUUCUAGUCUAGCACCUGCCGUCCGUUCAACGCUCCUUCAGCUCCUUGUUGUGGCGACGAAAGCCGGCAACCAAUUCGCUUGGUUGGCCGACAAAGUGGACUUGGCAAAAAAGGUGGAUGAUGUUAGUGGUAAAGUUGACGACCUUUUUAGGAAGCUUUAUUACGCGACUAGUCCGGCCGUACGCACCGCCGACCAAAAGGAAAGCCCCGCCCAAACCCUUAACACAUCGAUUUUAGCAAUAAAGCAGAAUGUGGAUCAUCUCGAAAACAUAUUCACUCAGCAAGUUGCAAAAGAUCUUGCCAAAGAAGUUGACAAUUUCAACCACGCCGCUAAGGUAGAAAUAUUGUUAGCGGCAAAAACAGCGAUGACACAUAGUGUUAAUCAGCUUGGCCCGGGUGGUAGCAUAGAGAUUAAGACUAUAAUGCCGCCGUUCGAGGCAGGCAGAGAAGCAUUGGUCAACGCCGUUAAGCAAAUUGAGGAAGAAUUAAAAAAUCUAAAAGAACUCCCCGAAGACGUCGCAACCCAGAAAAGCGGGGCAGAGACGGAAAUGGAGAAGUUGAAACGUGAUCUGUUGGAUAGAAUUGGUAACAUAGAAAUAAAUGCCAACACAGCCGGCAGAGAUAUAGGAAAUGCAAUUCUUGAUGCAGAAAAUAGUGUUCGCUCAGCGUAUCAAAAUUUAACGCAAGCCAUCUCCCACCUUAUAAAUGAGCUUACCCAGAUAGUAAAAACAGCAUUCGAAAAACUAACCUCCGAAACCAGAUUACUCUUCACCAACCAAAAACUCGCAGACCUCUCCGCGCUGCACAAACUGGUCGAACGCCAAGCCAAAAAGAUCAAAGAUAUAAUUGACAAGGAUCUGGCAAACGGAAUCAAGGGUUUCCUAACUAAAAUUAGAAUGUGGUUGCCAGACAACCCAAAACAGUUUGUGUCAAAUAAUCUGACGGACGUUAAAUCCGUCUCCGAUGAUCUCAAGGUUCUGCUUGACACCCUCCUCUCCUACACCACCGAACAGGUCAAGACGCCGAGCAAGGCGAAGAAGGGAGAGAAAGAAGAUAGCGAGGAGUCCAAGAAAGUUGCAGAAAUUCAAAAGGCCGUCGACAAAUUACUCUCCCACCUCUCCAAAUCUGACAAACUCUACAACUUCGACUAUGAAUUCCAACUAAAACUCUCCGCACUCACCGACGCAGUCAACGCCCUGUCCGCCGAAAAAUUCGCCGGCCACCAGAAUCCCGAAUUGCUCGACGCCCUGAAGAAAGGGAUGCUUGGCGUUACCGGCGAGUUGAAACACGCGUACGUCAAUAGGUAUGAUAGUCAGAAAUUCACGGAAAACUUAGUCGACGCUAAAUAUGAAUUAACCCCCUCAAAUAAUACCACAAUCAUAACGCUGAGGGAUUAUGGUAGGAAGUGUUCUAAAGUAUGUGCCACAGUCCUUUUUAUAUUGUUCCGAGACAUGAGGAACCUCCGAAAGCGCUGCCCAGAAAAGUGGACGUCUAAUACUAUAUAUUCUAAUACCGGCCUUGGAACAUUCCUCAAGAACUCCGGUUACAGGGUGUCCAAUGAAAAUGAUGGCCACGACGGUGAGUUGAGGAACAAGUCGAAGUUAAAGGGUGAGCAUAUUUAUGAUCUUAUGACGAAGCAACACGGCCAGAGUAGUCAAACGUACAGAAUCGUUGACGACUAUGAUGACUAUGUAGACCAGACGAGUGUACAAAAUUACAGUGUCCUUAAGAGGCUUUACAACAACCUCGAAUGUUACAACGAGGUGUGUCACCAUUACAUCCCGGAAAAACCCAAGUCACCGUCUAACAUCUACCAGAUGCUCCAGUGGUGUAGUGGCUUGCAAUACAAUUACAUGUUUGAGAAAGUUUGUGAUUAUUUGAUGGAACUGUUUGGCAAACCUGACGGGUAUAAAGAUUCGAAGUAUUCGGAUAUACCCAGUGCACUACUGAAAUUAGAUGCUCAUCCGGAGACAAUCACCUAUAGUAGCUUAAUAACAUUGCUUAAGAAAGUAUGCCAAAACGCAAGAAAACCGCUGAUCGCCGUGCUUGGUUACGGCCAUGCUGACGGUGUAUAUGCCGUUGAUCACUUUAAUAACUCGAGUAAUCUAUCGUAUCCCAGUAGCGCUGCUGUAUGUUUUGAUAUGCUCUUAGAUAUAUUGCAAAGACUAUACCAGCAACUUUACUUCGUAUUGACGCAGUGCCUCCGUGGCAAAAGCACCAGCGGCUGGCGUGACUGUCACUACGGCCGGCACGUCGUUACCAACCACCGAGGCAUCCCGUGCAAGACUCCGAUGGGAUUUGGGGAGAUCAGCACAAUGGCGUCACAAACACAGAAAGGUGAACGUCUUAUGAGAGUGCUUCGUGAUUUAUGCGGUGAUUCAGAGAAGCCUCUUAGCAAACUAUGUGGUUACUUAGUGUGCCUUACGCAUCGUGCUCCACAAAACCUUGGUGACAUGUUUGCGUUUUACCAGGGCUUCAUCAUGGAUUACACUGGUGGCUUUUAUGGAAACAAAGAAUCGCCGGUGCAUACGCAAAGAGCACUUAAGGACGCCGUUACCGAAGCCUACUUCGGUCAAGAACAUCCCUUUGAUCCCAGCCCGUUGUAUGGUAGUAUUGGUCACGUAGAUAGCGACAUAAAGGGUGAUUUGUACAGCAUAUCAACCUGCACAUCUGAUUCAGUAAAUUCAUGUGGGCUCUUUGUUCAACCACUAACAUUAAAUAUCUACCGCAUAUUUUCAUCCAAGCAUAAAAGCAAUUACUUGUCGUGGAUCGUCUACUUGACGGAGACGUUUUACGACUUGCUUAAGAAAUUGUUCGACGAGUGCGAUGCUAAAUGCGGUGCGAAGGGAUCCAAUUGCCACAACAAGUGCUGUGUUAAGAAGUGUCCAGUGUCCUCUAAAACAUCAACGCCAUGUAACCAUGAUUCAGAAUGCCGCUCGAUUGUUAAAUGCCAAAACACACUUCCGACACUGUAUAGACAUGGUUUCACAUAUGGCAACGCAGAAAGCCUAAAUGGUGAAUAUGGCGCAGGAAAGAAACGCACAUGUAAGGAUUUCUGCAAGGCGCUGAAAAACGUUCUCAAUGAAGAUAAAAACGUUGAAGCUCCACUUGCCAAAUUAAUAUACGUCACCAUACCAGAUUUCCUCUGGAAAAUAAGGGAACCAUUCUCCCUAACAUUGUUAGCCCUCUGGUCGCUGUCGCUCCUGUACCUGCUGCACAUCGCCGUCGUCCGCCUCGACGUCCUGAGGAUACGCUCCCACCUGAGAUCGCCGUCAAGCCACCGCAUCGCCGCGCAGUCCCUCCUCGCCGCCGCAAGAGUCAAGGCACUCGGCAACGUCAAGUACUUUCACCAUGAUCGUGCCUUCACGUGUGAUCUGUGUAUCACCCACUCAACCACUCACCUAAUCACUCAACCACUCACCCACUCACCUAAUCACUAA